GCUGUCUUCGCUGUGAUGAGCGUGACUCCACACGCAAAGCUCAGUGAGGAAGUUUUAGCGGCUGCUGUGAAACUCCAUUAUGAGCAGCAAGGCUUGCCAGUUGGAGUAGCCAUUCAAGCUUUGGAAGCUUUUGCAGCGCGGGUGGCACUUGGUCUCAAGAAGGUGGUGACAAAGUUUCGGGAUGUCUACCGUCAGAGCCCUCAUGGGGCAAAGUCGAAAGCGAUUCAGGGCUUGAAGCAACGCUUGCAGCAAGAAGGAGAGUCAGCUCCAGAUGCAAAGGCUGAGGACAAACAUGCCAAAGAAGAAGAUCUUGAACAGCUGGCUGCUCCACCUGAUUGGGCUCAAGUUCUGGCAGAGAAAGUGAAGAAAAUGAAGGAACAGAAAGCUGCUGCGUUGGCUUCAGCUCCUGUAGAACCUGCCAAAGCAGAUGGGCCUGAGGAAAGACCUAUCCCUACACCGGCUCGGUCCAAUGUGUUACCAAAGUUCGUUUUGGAAACACUGCAAAAAGAAAAAACUGCAGAACCUGUGGCUCCUUUCAGUGUUUGGGAGAAGGGUGCAAAGGAGGAUGUGUGUGCUGACGCUCUGAAAGAUGAUGGCCAGAAGAAGAAACAAACAACCAGAAAAAAUGCAAAGAAAAGCCAAAAGAAAAACAAAAAGGCUGUUGUUGCUGAUGACGAAGUUGAGAAUGGCUUGGGUGGGGAGGUCCCGGUUGCUGGCUCGUCCAAGGAAAAGGAAGUAGUUGCUGAGGGUGCUUGCGUUGUGAAGUAUGAGCCCCAGAUCUUCUUGCAGAAGAAAAGGGAUUUCAUUGAGACACAGCGAGCUGCCAAAAGCAUUGGCUACAGAGAAGCAGAACAGUUGUGGAUGCAAAGUGGUGAGAGGGCAUCCUAUUUGCAGACGCUGUCGCUCAAAGAGCUGAAGCGCAGACGGUUCAUGUAA